AUGUUGACGAGGAUUUGGGACGAUACACAUGCAAAGUCGUUAAUCAUGGAAGGCCCAGGUGCCAUAAACAUCGAAGAAGAGGGUCCGGUCCCGUACGAGCCUCUUCUUGGCCAAAUCUGGGGCGAAGGCUCAAAUUCCCGCAUUGCACGCAUGGCACCAGGUGUCGUUAUCAAUUGUCCAUGA